ACCCGAAUAAGAUCAGACAUUCUGGAAAGUGCAAACAGGAAAGGAAAACCAAAUCCAUUAUUCAAUUCUUCAAACCCACCUCGGAGCCAGAAACCAAUUCCUCUGGUAGAAGAAACGGAAAAGCAUUUCCAUCAACUUUCUCUGUACCGGCCUAAUAGGCCGUUAAAGCCACAAACGUCAGAAUGGAAUUAGCAGACAGGGCAGUUGGGUUUCUUCUAUCUUUUAUCAGCUUAUCCAUAUUCACGUAUUAUACUUUCUGGGUCAUCAUUCUGCCAUUUGUAGAUGAUGAUCACUUCAUUCACAAGUAUUUCCUGCCGCAAGAAUAUGCCAUACUUAUUCCUGUAUUUGCUGGUGUGGUGCUUCUUUGUUUCUUAUGCGUAUUUAUUGGAUCUGUGAUGCUUAAAUCCAAAAAGAAGAAGGCUUAAUGGAAUUAGCUUAGCCAUUUUUUUACUUUCUUUCACAAUAACUUAGAAUUUUUACUUAUUUUUCUUGUUUCUUUUCCCCCUUUUUUCUUCUCAUUUUCUUAUCUGGAUGAGUGUCUUGGUUUUGGAUUUGUUGCAGCUUGCAUAUUUUUGUACAUCUGUCUCAUUGCUAAUACUAUUUGAAGAAACUUAUUUUGGAAUAUCAUAAAUGAACUACGCAAUUUACUUCA